GGAUGUGGGGGGCGGGGGCUCGCUGUGAGGUGUGUGGGUCUACGGAGCAGAGCCUGCGGAGAGGAGCCGGCGGCUGCGCCAUCGUGGUGUUGGCCUUCCCCUUCACAUGCACACAGUGUCAGCAGAGCCCAUGCUCUGUGGGAGGUGGAAACAGCACUGUCAGCCUUCUCAGAGCCGUAAUUCCGUGCUCUCAUUGAGGAGUGCUGGAAGGAACUGACAGGUAACCCUGGAACGUGGAUUACCUGCUGGGAAGGGGGCAGAGGUCUCUGUGCAACUUGCUUGUGCGUAAUGGCCUCUGUGGUUCCCCUCUGUAGGCUGUCAGGGUGAGUGUUUUCACAUGGGGGUGCUCUAGAAUUAAGUAGACCUGGGUUCCAAUCCUGGCAGUGUCAUGACCUUGGCCAAGUUACUUAGCAUCUGGCUUAGUUUCCGCAUCGAAAAUAGGGAUGAUAAAUGACCCCUAUCUUGUCUGGUUGUUGUGAGGAUUAGCUGAUACAGUGUGUACAGAAUCUUAGCUUACUUCCAGGCACACAGCUGAUGUUCAGUGAAUGAUUAUUCUUCUUAUUAGGCCACACAGGUCAGGAUUUUGAGUUUAUUUCUGAUCAGCCUCACCCAUGUUGAACUUUGAGUCUUGCUUCCCCACUUGCCAGCUGUGUGCUAUCUAACCUUUGUGAGUCAGUGUUUUUAUCUGUUAGAUGCAGUUUAUAAAUCCCACCUCAUAGUCGAAGUGGAAUGAGAUCAGAGCGUCUGACACAUAGUAAGUGAUCAAAAUAUUCGUUUCCUCCUCUUUGGUUCCCGAGUAUCUGAAAGACGGUCCCUUUAAGCAUGUUAAGAUUCCUCACUAGCCUUGUAUGCAGCUGUGUUCAGACAGCUUUGGCAGAAGGAAAGAGGCUUUUUUUUUUUAAAUGACUGUUUCAUAAUCUGUUGGCUCAGAUCUGCUGCUGCCACACCCUGUGCUUCUCAGGGUCCCUGGGUCCUGUUGCAAUUAGCAUGUGCCUUCCCUCUCACCUAAAUGACCCUGGAAAGUGGCUGAAUACAAAGUGGAUCUUCCUCCCUUCUCUUUGGGGUGAAGCUGGCCCGGGGAUUCUUAGCUGCUGGGGGAGGGGCUGGCGGGAGCCUGGGCUGCAGUUGGACUGAGCGGCCAGGCGUUUUCUGGUUUUCAUUAAAAUUCUCUGGCUGUCUUUCGGGAUUGCUCCAUUGGCUGUGACUACGCACUGGAGCCCGUUGUGCUGGCUCUCAGCCGCACACACCCAUCAAAUCACAGUGGCCCUGAGGACGAGAGAAAACUGCAGCUGUGUAAAUGAGUAUGGAAGAUUAUGAUUUCCUGUUUAAAAUUGUUUUAAUCGGCAAUGCUGGUGUGGGGAAGACGUGCCUAGUCCGCCGAUUCACUCAGGGUCUUUUCCCCCCAGGACAAGGAGCCACAAUUGGAGUUGAUUUUAUGAUUAAGACAGUGGAGAUAAAUGGUGAAAAAGUGAAGCUUCAGAUCUGGGACACGGCAGGUCAAGAGAGAUUUCGGUCCAUCACCCAGAGUUAUUACCGGAGCGCCAAUGCCUUGAUCCUCACCUAUGACAUAACCUGUGAGGAAUCCUUCCGUUGCCUUCCUGAGUGGCUGCGGGAGAUAGAACAAUAUGCUAGCAACAAGGUCAUCACUGUGCUAGUGGGCAACAAGAUUGAUUUGGCUGAAAGGAGAGAGGUCUCCCAGCAGAGAGCUGAAGAAUUCUCAGAAGCUCAGGACAUGUAUUACCUGGAGACCUCAGCCAAGGAAUCAGAUAACGUGGAGAAACUCUUCCUUGACUUAGCGUGCCGCCUCAUCAGUGAAGCCAGGCAGAACACGCUGGUGAACAAUGUAUCGUCACCCUUACCUGGAGAAGGCAAAAGCAUCAGCUAUUUGACUUGUUGUAAUUUCAACUAAAGGCUGGGGCAAGGUGAAGCAAGAGGAAUCAGCAGCUGCCCCAAUGGGCCACAAAUUGCUAGGGAGAUCUGGCGAUGACUGUGGCUCCCGCUCUGGGACCUUCUGACUCCUGUGGGCUCCUGAGCUUACAAAGCAUGGCAGGCCCAGGGCCCCGUCCACAGGCCAGCAUUAGCAGAACAUAUAAUGGUUUCACCCUUUUGCGGUCUGGAGUCGGAUCAAGGAGAAAAUUGCACUAGGCACUCCAUGAUCUGCAGAGCAUGUUGCUUUUGUUUUUUUAAAAAAGCAAGUAAAACGCAUUCCUGAACACAGUCCAGGGGGAAGUGUACCGUAGGGACCCUCCUGCACGGCAGUGGGUGCAUGUGGGGGCUGCUCUUUAGGGCUUCUGGGGGCCCCCGGGUUUCUUGUCUACCAGAUAAACCAAAACUGGGAAGGCCAAGUCCUGUCUCUGCGGUGCGUGUUGAUGGCGCCACGGAGAUUCUGAAAAGUGUUAUUUCUCUUUUCCACCGGCACUUUCAAGAACUUUGGGAUGUAAAAAUGAAAUGAAACUACCCGUGACGACAGUAACAAUCCUUGUUUUAAUAAUACAUACAAGCUCCAUGACUCCUUUUGGUGCUAAUGAUUCCGCUCUUUCACAGACCAAACAUUUUACUACAAUGAUGUCCUUAAAUACAUUACAUAGAAAUAAAAGGAAAAAAAGGAGGGAAGUCCAUGAAUCAGUGCUCUUUCUCGAAGUCUCAUUACUACCUUUUCUAGGGUAGAUUUGUUGGAAAAGAGAAUACUUUUCCUUUCAUGUUCCCUUCUGAAUCUCUACCAUUUUCUUCUUUCAUUCUCCCAUCUUUCCUGCCCUUUAAGUAAAUGACAAAGUUUGAAAAAUGAAAAAAAAAAAAGUCAAUACUCUACUGUAAAAGAUUAGCUUGAAGACAUUACAAGUACUAUGAGAAAACAGACCAGAUCUGACCAAAAUACUGUGGAUUAAUGGGCUGCAGGGCAGAGUUCCAGGCAGAGCACAGUCCUCGAGAGCAGGUCACACCUUUUACUUCCUGGUACUCUCCGUCUUGGACAGACCAAGGCUUAGGAUUUUGUAGAUGUUUUUAGUAUGGUACGUGAGAAGAGCAACAGAUGAAGUCUCACGGACCAUUUUUGUAUCUGCAGUGAUAACCUUAGAAAAAGUCUGCUUGUGGAAGCAGACUGAGUAGUCAUCUGUCACCUCUUUGUAGUACUGUUACUCUCAGACUCAUGACCAUAUAUCCUUUCCUGUUUCUUUUUCUUUUCCUCUCUUUUCUUUCCUGGUCUCCCCCUUUUACCUCCUUUCCUCCAUAUCCCGCUCCAUCCCUCCCUUGCUUUUAUGCAUGUGUUACUGCAAAUCUCCAAUUCAAAUGGAGGUGUAUAUGCCUUUUCCUAGCCAAUUUAAAGACAGAACUCAAAAAAGAAGCCAUGCUGCUGAAUAUGUGUUACUGUUUCUUCAGUGCCAUACUUUGAGACCUUCCAAUUUGUUCACUGAUAUAAAUGCAAAUUGGGAAAAUAGUUAAACCUGUUUGCUGUUGAUGCUGUCAGAUGUUUCUGUAGCUUGCUGCUUAGUGUAACCAAGGGAUGGGGAAUGGGAUAAGGACAGGAUAGGUAAUUCCACUGUUGCUGUAGGUGGUGGCAAUCUCGGUCCUGAUCUAUUGAUGUGUGAAAGCUACUGAAUAUUAAAGCAAUGAGUCAUGCAGAGAUGUGAUAUUGGUGAAGCGUUUCUAGUGUUCCUCUAGCAUUUUUCAAAGUGACCCAUCUCUUUCACCCGGAAACUCUAGACUGUUUAAGGGACUGAUACUUACAGUUGGCCUCACUGUGCUUGUCCUGAUCCUUUGGGUAAGAGAAAAUGAUCGCAGAAGUUUGAAUUGCUUUUAAUUUAGAAUCCAUCUCUACAGGAAAGAAAAAUUAUUUUAAUAAUAAACACCAACCAAAAUAAUUUAUCAUAGAUGCCUUUCCCACCUCAUUUUCCUCACCAAGCCAGCAACUAAAUGUAUUCAGAAAAAAAGCUGAUCAAGGUGGGCAGAAGAACUCUUUUUAAAUGGUGAGGAAAUGUCCCUAAGUGUAGGUUUAUUAUCUUUCAUCUAGGGCAAAAACCCUAUGUCCCUAGCACAUCACAGCCCAAUUUUGUCUUGCAGCAGCAAGACAAUAAAGUUGCUUUGUGAACGUGGAGAAUGAGACUUUGUUAGAUUGGAAAUUUCGUUGUAAAGUAAUAAGUUCUAGGGUAACUUUUGCAUUCUGAAGUUCUUAUUUCCCAGGGCUCAGCCUCUUCUGCCUACCCUUGGCCAAACUCAGAAGGGGAUUAGGAAGCUGUGUCCUUGGCUCCUUUCCUCCCGGUUACUCCUCCCAGCCUUUCUGUAACUUGCAGUCACCCAUCUACAGCACAUCAGCAGGGACACGAGAGAAUGCAGGGCUUUGUUUCUUUUCUUCCUUGUAGUUGUGUGAAUUCCAGAUUAGGCCUUAUGGACACUUGUUCAGUGAUGUAUCUCAAGUUUGAGAACAAACCCUGAUAAUAUUGUAGGUGCUCAAUAAACAUUAGUUGAAUAAACGACUUAGUGCCAAGAGGAGCUUUUCCGGAUAAACAGAACUUUCUCAAAUAGAACUUGAGAAAGGACAUUAGUUCAAUGUGGUCAUCUUAACCCAGGCUAGGACCUAAACCUACUGGUUUGCCUACUAGUUGUUACUGUCAUGGCAAUAUUUGCUAGGAUGAGCCUUCUCAUUUAAUGGUGGGUGAAAAUGAGGUUGCCUUUUCAAUGUUCAUUUUGGCUUGAUCUGACUCAUAAGACUACCAGAGUCCAUGUCUGCUUCCAUUUUGGUGUGAUUUUUUUUUAAAUACAAUCACUAAAUAUAUGGCAAAAUUUUCUCAAUUUCCAAUUAAAGCACAUAUUCACGUCAGAGUUGGAUUUGGAGAAUCUGUGAAAUCAUAUAGCUUGCUCAUAUUAAGGAUGUUAGGGCUUUGUGUAGACUGUACCCUCACAGGAUUUUGUGCUUUCUCCUUUACCAAUGCAAGGCUUUUAUUUCUUUAUGUGCUUUUGUUAGAGCUAUUCAAUUAUAUUAACAUUUAAUUUUGAUUAUAUGGGGCCAAUUUAUCUUUCUGUGGAUUAUUUAGAAUAGGCUAUUAGGUUUUCUUGGCCCUUUUCCGCCUCUGUUUUUAGUCAUUUCACGUUAGCACCUCUUCCUGAGUAAAGAGGGAAGAAAAUAACUAAAAACGAAAGUCAGAUGGAUUGAUUUGAUGAUGUGUCAAUUUCUGAGUUAGAGUUUGGUAAGAAAGUUGAAAACCACUGGCCAAAAUAGAUAUUUGGUAAUUUAUUUUAAGUAAUUUAGACUUGUUGGAGAAAGGAGGCAGAAUUUAACCAAGGACUGGAUUCAUCUUUCUUCUGUUCAUGAAUGUUUGCCUUUGGGGGACAUCAGUGACUUCCAAUAUUAGAUAAUGAUUUGCUUCAUAUACCCUUUGAGUUAUACCAUAAUUCUUCCAGAUCCAGCAUCAAGUUUCAGUUAAUGAAUCUUUCUGCAUAGACACCAGUUGCAAGUGAUUUUGCAUUGGUCCUCUGACUAAAGGGAAAAAAUAUCUUUUUUUUAAUAAAUCAAGCUACAUGAAUGAAAUCAUAAUCAGAAAAAAACUUUAAUUUUUUUCCAUCUAUCAAACUAAUGGCUUUAAAGAUAGACAUUUUCUAUUUUGUAAUCCUACAGAACUCUGUGUAUUGCAUGAUCAUAAAUACUUUAGGGACCGCUGCCCUGUUAGCCUCUGGGAGAGCUCUCCUGGGGUUUACCUUUUCUUUUUUCUAGAAUUUUUUUUUUUAACGGCAACUAGUUACUUACUUUCCUCAACCAUGUCUCUGACAGAUAUGGUUUAGUGCAACUGAAAUACUCUUGAGACUUAACUAGAAAAGCAAAAGCAGUGAAAAAACAUGUGUAUCUCAUCCUUCUAACAAAAUGUACUCCACAUAAGCUGUGUGGUUGAACAUUAAUUUGGGGAUAAGAGAGGGAUGUGUUUUGUUUCCUUUCUUUGUUUUGGAUUUCCUAUCUGUGACAUGAGCCUAUUUGUAUUUGGAGGGAAUUCUUCACACUGGGGAGAGAGCAUACUGAAUUAAGAAAUGAUCGUCCCUUCCAGCAGCUCAUUAAUACAGUAAUGUUAAGGCCAGGAAGAUGCCACUUCAUCUCCUUUCCUAAACCCAUGUUGUUGGAACAUCGCAGUCAUUUUUGGGAGCCAUAGUUUAAAAACAACUUGAGGCAUAACAAAGAUGGUGAAGGAUUUUUAAAAUUUAAGACAUUUGAAGAAUGUUUGAAGGAUUUAGGGAAAUGUAGCUUGGGAGAGGGAGAGAAUUACAGUCAGUACAUUAGAGCAAGACUCUGUGGCUCAAAGGGGUGGAAUGAGGCCCACUGAAGAGAGGCCACAAGGCCACAGAUUUGAACUGCAUGUCAGGGAGAACUUUCUCAAAAAGUUGGUUCACCAUUGAAGGGGCUGCCUCAGGUAACGGUCUGUCAAGCAGAGGUUACAUAAGAACUCAGCAAAGAUGAUGUGGAGAAGAUCCCAGCAAAGGUAACAUCUUCAAUUAAAUAUCUGUUGACGCACAGCUAAUGAUUUUUUUUUUAAGGCUUUGAUCUUCUGUCCGAAGUGCAUCCCAUCCUCCAGGAAGGAGGUUGGUAACAUGCUGUUAUGUCAAGAGACUGGCUUGCCAUUAUGCCCUAUUCUGGGAUUGCUUUGUGGGAUUCACUGAUGUCCUGUUGAAAUCACAAACUGGGUCUUGAGUUAAAAUUUUUAAGAGGUAUUGUUUUAGUAGAAGUUACAUGAAAUCAUGGAAACUUUGUGUUUGUCACUUGCCAAAAAUUGGCUAUGCUCAGUUUUAGUGAAUAACUGGUAUCUCUUCAGAAUUUCAGGAUAGGCCUUUUUAGCAGAGCAGAAUCUUCAGUGAAAGGUCCCAUAAAUAUACCAACAUGGAGUUUUGCAGCUCCCAUCACAGAUGGGCUCGUGGUCACUGACAUAAAACAGUCCCCAAGAUCUAUUCUGGAAAAAUCUCAAAUGACAUUUGGUCAGUUGAUCUGAUUCUCUUAAAAAAAAAAAAAAGAAAGGAAAAAUGAUCUGGAAAUGAUUUUUAAAAAAUGGAGGACAACUUGCUUCAUGUAGAAAGUAACAAAAUAUAUAUCUUUGAUUUCAAAAUCAGAGAUAACAAUAAGCAACAUUUGGUAAUAAAGUCCAUGACCCACAUGAUUCCACCUGCAAAAUAACUUGCAUCCUUGCAAGGAUGGUAGAUGUCUCUUCAUUGGUCUUUAUUUUAAAAAGUCAUUAGUCUCGCAUCAGUAUGGUGAGAAACCCUUGAGUUUGGGUAAGACUUUCUUUGACCCUUUUGGAUAAGAAGUCAUAGCACAAAAGCUAGCCUCUUCUUUCAUUGACUUCCUGAGGUGUAUGAGUAAAAAUUUUACUUUCCCACUAAGUUAAAGCAGAACUUUUAGAGCUGUUGUGCUCUAGUUCCUGAUGGAAUCCUUGGUGGGUUGUGACUUUGACUUCAAUUGGUGAUACAGGGAGGUGUACAGAAGGGGGAACACUAGGCUGGGUGUGAGGAGUCCCAGUAUUCCCAUGAAUUAGUUGUAACAUUAUGCAAAGCACAAUCUCUUGAGCAUCAGUUUCCUCAUCUAUGAGAUAGACUCGUAAUAAUACCUGUUAGGAUUAUUGUGGAAAUUAAAUAAGAUAAAUGGAAAGUAUAGUGCUUAGUAAACAUUAAGCACUCAAAUAUUAGUUUUUUUCUCCUUGAUUAAGAGCAGACUUUGGAUGGUGUGAUGCAAGUAUAGACCCUUCGAACAAAACAAGGAACCCUCCUGACUGAAAGAAAAGAGAUUCAUUUCUGAGAGGACCUUGAAAGAAAGUCACUUACUUGAUCCAUCCUUCUGCCUUAGGGCAUAACUGUUACCCAAGAGGCUCCACUCUUUACCUACUUCAAGAAAGGUAUUCCUUCUGUCUCUCCCAAUGGGCAAUUCCAGGGUUGGAAAUUCAUUAUCAGGAAACUUAACUUUAUUACUGAAAUACCUCACAGUGCAAUUUGAACCUCUUUCUUCUUGAUCCCAUUCUUCAUGGGAAGAAAACUUUGUUGAUCUUGUCUUCUUUUUAAGGAGCCAUGUUUGCCAUUUAUUACUGCCCUUUUGCCUCUUUUUUUUUUUUUAUUGACAGUUAGAAAAGCUCAUUAAGGUGAUUAUUAUUCCCUUGGGGAAUGUCAUAGGUGUUUAUAAACUCAGCUUCUUACUGAUACCAGAUUUAGAUCACCAUCUUCCUGUUGAUUAACUCUUCAAUUAUGCAUGUAUUUUCUUCUCUAGUUAACAUAUAAUUGAUAACCAAGUGUGUGCUUCUAAAGAAUUAUUCUGGUUGUGUGGCUCUUGUUUUCUCCUUUUAGUAAAAUGGAGUCAUGAAUCUCAGUUUUGUCAUCUACUUUUAGAAUUUAAUUUCAUAUAUGACAUUACUUAAUGGACAUAAUUACUACCACCUAAAUUUAGCAGGGUUUCUUUCCCUUUCUACGUGUGCACUAAGUUCUGAAAUAAAAAUUGGAAUACCAAAUGCCCACUAAAGCAAAACUUCAUGCACAGAAUAACAAAUGAUAAGAAUCUGGUCUGCUAGGAUAAUUUGUCACUAGUUGGUUGAAUGGUGCACAGCUUUUGUUUAAGGUUACACAGUUAUGCCUGGAUUAAAUAACAAUAGCAAAACUUGAUAAGCCCUCUGAAAAACAGCUGCUAAACAUACUGCUUUCUGGAAUGUAAUCAUUAGGAAUAAAUACUCUCUUGUCCUAUACAAUUGCAGAAUGUUAAUGGGACUUUCUUGUAGGCUACUUAACAAUGAAUGUCAACUGAUUUAUUUAAAAUUUUUUUUUGUGAAUCCGUUUAAGGCGUGUUGGGGCUUUCAUGUUCCUGUUGUAGAAAAUUUCAAACGACUGGAAUGCUGGCUUCUAAUUUCUGCUCACUGAAGUGUCCUCUAGACAUACGAGGUGGUUGGGGCUUUUUUGAUGAUAUGUGAGGGCACUACAUACAUGUAUUAUGUAAAUACACUUACAUAAAUGUAAGUGUGUGAGUAAAAUUGCUGUUUUCAGCAAAAAAAAAAAAACCAACUCUGCUAAAAAAUUCA